AGUUAUGUCAUUUCUAUUGGAUUCUGCUCAUCUAUUCACUGAAUGUAAUAUCCACUGCUCCCAUGGUCUCCAUACAAUGAACACGGAGAGCUAUUCAAGCCCAUGACACAACAAAUGGUCUGUAAACGCGUUUUCGUGAUCCCUGCUUCUCCCCUCCUUGCAUGCCUCUCCCCUCACAGAAAAUGCUUGUGGCACCAGUGAGUUCUUGUGCUGAUAUGUGUGGGCUGCAGAAGCUCUGAUCACUGCAUCUUCAUUUAUAUUAUCAAAUGAAUGAUAGGAGAUCAUUGGAAUAUUGUAAACCUUGUAUCAUAUGGAACAGUGAUAAUUACAGCGAGCUGUACACCAGGGUUAAAAAUCAGGGCUCAUCCACUUCUGUUCACGCCCCCGUUACGUGAAGCAGGGGUAUGGAUCAGGCAGCAGAUUCCUCAUCAUACGCCUCCAGUAACAUGAGCUGUGCUGAGAAGCGGCUUCCAGCUUCAGAAAUUUGACAAUGACAUCCAUAAAAUCAAGCCGAACUUGGGCGGACAUCCAGGAAAGCUUAAGCCGUGUACGACAACAAUAUGGCCUCUUACCGCGAGCAGAGUGGGAUGAUCUGAUUGCAAUGACCUCGUAUGAAAAGGCUAUGUCAGCUAAACCCAAGAAUAAGAGCCUGCCAAGGUCAUUCCUGCCAAGCCUUGUAACCAAAUCUAAUCGGGAUCUCAGAAACGUAAACUUGGAGUAUGCUGACACAAAGAGACACAAACAACAUGAAGGGAGACGUGCUAAAUAUGAUCCUUUCUUUCAUAAGCCCAUAUUAGUGAAGAACACGGAACAUGACAAGAUGAAGCCAUCCUUAGAGUACAAUGCAUACAGAUAUUUCACAGAAAAUAAACAUUUUUCCUGGGACUUUGUGGACUCCUUUGUAUCUGAGAUUUUGACCGAUGAGAUUGUCCCAGAUGUUCUUAUAGAGGCUCUAACUAACAAUAUACAGAUGCCAAAGAAGAAACAUUAUGGCAAGAAGACAACACAAUGGAAAUCAGAUAAUUACAGAAGAUCAUCAGGGUCCCACUCAAUGUCUCUUCUUGAUGAACUGCUAAUUGAAAUCUUGAGAGAUCUAUCCGCUCAUGUACUCAGAAGGAUGGUGAGAGAUUUUGUUGAUGAUCACCUGGCAAGGGCGGCACUCCAUGAUUGUAUAGAUGAAAUUCUCACCAGUAUCAUCCAAACAGAACUAUCAUCAAUGGUGGAUGAACUAAACACAGAAACUGAACAGGACAGAUAUCUUGAUAAUCUUAUCCAGAGUGUAAUUGAUAAGGAAGUUAAAGACACCGUCAUCUCUGUCCUUACUGAAUGUGAUGACCAACUCUCUGAACUGCAUAAAAAUCAGAUUACAGUGACAGCGAACAAGCAUGUUGUGGACCUCUUUCUUUUGGAGCACUUACUUGACAUGAUUGGAGCACAUGAAUCGCUGAUGUUUGGGAAGGAUCCAAUGCAGUGUCUGCUGGACAGUGUCGUGCUCGAUGUACUUCUACGAGAGCAAGUUAAUAUUCAACAAGUGCAAAGAAACACCUUUGAAAACUACCCAGCAAUGCUUUUCCACCAAAACACAGUUAGCAAAGUGGCACUAGAAUCUAUUCUAACAGAAUUACAUAUGAUGCUGGUGGAAGAUAUGGAGGACAUCUUUGAAUAUGAAAGAGAUGUAGAAUUUGGAUGACAGAAAUGCCAUUGUUGUCUCCAGGUGUUAUUCCAUGGGUACAGUCAAAAGUCACUUCAUUGUAAUUCUUCUAAUGUAUGUGUAUACCACACUGCUCUGCAGCCUGUGCACCUCCUGAAAGUGACAAGGUUUAGCUGUCAAUGCAUAUUGAGGGUUGUAGUUUAUCAACAGCUCGACAGCCACCAUUUACAGACACCGGGGCACAUUUACAAAAGAUCUUUGACUCUUCAUAAUUGUUUGAUGCUCUCGACACUUUUUAAAAAGUCGAUGGGGCUUAGGGUAAGGGUUCGAAGCACUGUAGCCCUCUACAUUUACAAUCAUUUCGUUUAGAAAACUGGUGCAAAAAAACAUACCUAAAAUGUGUGCCAUCCCAUAGCUGCUGUAGAUUUCAGUUUGUGGCGCACAGAAGGCACCAGAUAUGACACCUCUUAAUAAAUUUAGAGCAUUUUAGUAAAAUCUUUAAUAAAUGUGCCCAAAAUGAUCAACUUUCCUUUUUUUGAAG